AUGCAGGGACAGACGGAUGACGACCGCUCGCUGCACUCGAACGACCCGCGGUGGGGCGAUUUGGAGAUGGCAGACAUGGAAAGCGGGAGGACCGGAGGAGGAUCUUCGAUUGAGGGAUCAGAUGUUGAUGAAAGCUCGAUGAACAGCACCAAGGCCCUCAAGGGAAAGAAGGGCAAUACGUCGGGCACUGAAGACGAGGCCUACGACGUGGACAUGGAGGGGGACGACGAGUACGGCGACGCAGCGGAGCUGUCGUGGAAGGAUCUGAAGGUCACAUCGCCUGACGGCAAGAAGGUGCUUCUUUCAGAGGCCUGCGGACGCGUCAAGGGCCGAUUCCUCGCUAUCAUGGGUCCCAGCGGUGCUGGCAAGACGAGCUUGAUGAACAUGCUCGCGUGCCGUUUGGCCAAGGCCAAGGGCAAGGGCGACCAGAUGGUGGACGGGCAGAAGUACAACCGAUCGUUUUUGAAGAAAGUGUCGGGCUACGUCAUGCAGGACGAUCUGCUCUUCCCCGACCUCACGGUGAAGGAGACUCUGCGAUAUGCGGCGUUCCUGCGUCUUCCCGCCAAGAUGAGCCGAGACGACAAGCUCAAGCGGGUGGACGAGGUCAUUGUCAAGAUCGGUCUCGAGCACUGCAAGAACACACCCGUAGGCAGUGCGUUGAAGAAGGGCAUUUCCGGCGGAGAGCGCAAGCGUUUGUGCGUGGCCAUGGAGCUUCUCAUGAAGCCUCGUCUCCUCUUCCUGGACGAGCCCACCUCCGGUCUCGAUGGCGUCACCGCUCUCACCCUCUGCCGCAUUCUGAGAGACCUCGCCCAUUCCGAGAACUGCACCGUGGUGUGCACCAUCCAUCAGCCGGCCACUCAGAUUUUCAACCUCUUCGACGAUCUGAUGAUCCUGAAGAGCGGUAAGAUCGUUUACCACGGCCCUGCCGACGAGGUGGUGAACCACUACGCCGAGGCCGGCUUCCCUUGCCCGGUGCACACGAACCCUGCCGAUCACGUCUUGGACGUGAUCAGCCCUGCGAAGUUCACUGAGGAGGAAAUACGAGAGGCCGAUGAGAACGCCGAAAAGAUUCGCCUGCUCUACACACCCCCGCACGUGGAAGAUCCUCCCGAGAAGAAGAGAAAGAAGGACAAGAAGGACAAGGCGUUCCCCUCGAGGCCCUCUUGGUUCGCGCAGGUGUGGUACCUGUUCCUAAGAGCGAUGCAGAACGUGAUGCGCGCGAGGAUGGUCCUUUUUGCCCAGCUGGUCCAGACCAUCAUCUUCGGUAUCUUGAUCGGAACGGUGUUCCUCGACAUCGGUAGGACCCAGGCCGGACAAAAGAAGAGGCUCUCCGUGCUGUUUUUCAUCUGCAUCAACCAGGGAGUCUUCAGCGCGCUCAUUUUGAUCAACUCAUUCCCUUCGGAACGAUUGAUUGUGCUACGAGAACGAGCAUCAGGAGCAUACUACGUCUCGGCCUACUACGUCGCCAAGAUGAUGGCCGAGAUGAUAGUGCAGAUGUUCUUCCCGCUGCUGUUCUCCUGCAUCGUGUACUUCCUCGUCGGCUUCCAGCAUGAUGCUGGCAAGUUCUUCAUCUUCGUGUGCUUCAUGGAGCUGUGUUCCCUCACCGCGACAUCGCUUGCCCUGAUGAUCUCCACGUUCUGCCGCACGGUCACGCUGUCGAUCACUAUUUUGCCCCUGAUUCUCGAGAUCUGUCGUCUGUAUGGUGGCUUCUUCCUUCCGCCCGCCAAGCUGCCGGCGUACUUCUCGUGGCUCGAUGCUCUGAGCUUCGUCAAGUAUUCGUAUACUGGCAUCGCCCUCAACGAACUCAAUGGACUCGUGCUCUACUGCACCCCCAGCGAGCUUGUCAACGGCGAGUGUCCGCUCACGUCCGGCGAGCAGGUCAUCAAGAACGAGGGCUUCGACUAUAUCACCAUCUGGGGAUGUGCUCUGGUCCUCAUCGCCAUGAUCAUCUUCUUCCGUAUCCUCGCUUUCGUCGGUCUGCGCUGGGUCAAGGGCUAA